AUGGCCACAGACAGCCCGCGGCCACCGACGCCAGGCCACUUCCACCCGUUCCCCCGGCUCCCCAGCGAGCUCCGGUCCAAGAUCUGGCACUCGUCCUUCACCCCCCGCGUCGUCGAGCUGCACGGCCGCCGAGCGCACUACGCCGACGCCUUCAAACACCACGGCAGCGCGCCGAAAUGGCAAAGCGGCUGCAACAACCCGGCCGCCCUGUCCGCCACCUCGGAGUCGCGGGCCGCCGCCCUGAAGCACUACCGCAUCAAGCUGCCCCUCGCGACGGCGGCGUCGUGCGACCGCGCCGGCGAUAGCGUCGCCCACCCCCACCGCGUGCUGUACGUCGACCCGGCCGCCGACACCCUCGUCGUCCUCGGCGACCUGGACUACUACCGCCUGUCGCUGCUCCUGCUGGACAUUCGGCGCCGCGACCCGGCCGGCCACGGGCUGAGGCGGCUGGCCAUCAGCGCGCGGUGGACCUGUCACCAGGGCGCGGGGACGUCCAUCCGCGCCCUGGUGCGGAACAUGUUUCCCGAGCUGGUGCAGAUGGUUGUGUACAUGUACGAUGAACAACUGCCGCCGGCGGAUUGGGCGAACGGCGUGUGCGCGCUGCGCGACUGCAGCCACAAGGAGUACUACAAGCGGUAUGCCAUGGGGAGGGGCCAGGAGAUGAGGGACGGCGAUGGAUGGAUCGUCGUGGGGGAGAAGGAGGUGAGGGUCAUGGAUCUCGACUUUGAGCGUGGAUGGUAG